AUGCACUCUGUUCUCCGAGCCGCGGGCAACGCCGGCGGGCUUCUCGUGGCGUCGAUCAUCCUGCCGCUGUGCUCCCACCCUGCCAGUGCUCACCCUGCGGUACCGAGGGCCGAGUCGACAGCCGUUCGUGAGCGCACAAGCAUCAACAGCGCGUGGAGGUUCCAGCGGUUCGAGGAAAACCCCGACGGGCUAUCCUACAAUGACACCCUCAAGCCAUGGAUCCUCCCACAAGCCAACGACUUCAUUGUGGACGGCACCCCGUACCCCUACCCAACAAACAGCACGGCCCCAGGCGCGGAUGUGAUCUACGUCCAGGCGUCCUUCGACGACUCGGCAUGGGAGCAGCUCAACCUGCCCCAUGACUGGGCCGUAAAGGGCCCGUUCCUCGCAGAGGGCAUCAGCGGCGGCAUGGGUCGUCUGCCGUCCAACGGGGUUGGCUGGUACCGGCGCAAUCUCACAUUCGACGAGGCUGAUGUGGACGGCACCAAGUCCAUCUACUUGGACAUUGACGGCGCGCAGUCGCACGCCGCUGUCUGGCUUAAUGGGAAUCUGGUUGGUGGUUGGCCAUAUGGGUACGCCUCGUUCCGGGUCGACCUGACGGAUCACGUCAAGGCUGGGGAAGACAACAUCCUUGCCGUGCGACUGGACAACGCGAAGGAGUCGUCUCGCUGGUAUCCUGGUGCAGGUAUCUACCGCAAUGUGUGGAUCGUGAAAGCCUCCAAGGUGCACGUUGCGCAAUCCGGCACCAAGAUCCGAACACCGACUGUUUCUGCGGACUCGGCGACAGUCGACCUGGUUGUUGAAGUCGAGAAUAAGCUGGAUGAAGCCCAGACCGUUGACGUCGCGACUGAAGUCCAUCUUCUUGGAUCGGAUGAAGUUGUGGCCACCUUCACCAAGGCAUCGGUGGACGUGGAUGCUCAGGGCAAGGCAUCUGUCAACGGUUCGGUGACCAUCACGAACCCCCAGCUCUGGGGUGUGCUGCCCUCCGGCACACCAAACCAGUAUGUUGCUGUCACGACUGUCUCGUCCGGAGACUCGGUCCUCGACACAUACGAGUCCAAGUUCGGCAUUCGCACCCUCGAGUACACCUCAGAAGGUCUCUAUGUCAACGGCGAACGCGUCUAUGUCCAGGGAACGAACAACCACCACGACCUCGGCAGUCUCGGCGCCGCAUUCAACUACCGCGCUGCCGAGCGUCAGCUCGAGUACCUUCGCGAACUGGGCUCCAACGCCCUCCGCAUGUCGCACAACCCUCCCGCGCCCGAGCUCCUCGACCUGGCCGACGAGUUUGGGUUCCUCGUCAUCAACGAGGCCUUUGACGUCUGGAACCGCGCCAAGGUCGACAACGACUACCACCUCCUUUUCCCCGAGUGGCACGAGGCAGACCUUCGCUCCUUCGUCCGCCGUGACUUCAACCACCCCUCGGUUAUGGUCUGGAGCAUCGGAAACGAGAUCCCAGAGCAGUCCACCGCCGAGGGCGGCGCCACAGGCCAGAUCCUAAAGGACAUCGUCGACUCGGAAGACGGCACGCGGCCCAUCACCUCAGCCCUGAACAACGCCCAGCCCGGCUCGGCCCUCGCCAACGUCCUCGACGUCGAGUCCCUCAACUACCAGGGCGAGGGCCGCGGCGCCAGCUACAACGGCAGCUUCCCGCGCUUCCACGCCACCUACCCGGACAAGCUCCUCUGGACGAGCGAGAGCGCGUCCUCGCUCAGCUCGCGCGAGACGUACAUCUUCCCCGUGGUGGGCAACCAGUCGGCCGAGGUGUUCGACGGGUCGGGAGGUAACAGCACGGCGCAGUACGUCAGCGCGUACGAGCUGUACGGGCCCUACUGGGGGUCCUCGGCCGACAAGGUCUUUGCGCAGCAGGACCGGUACCAGCCGUUCGCGGGCGGCGAGUUCGUCUGGACCGGCUGGGACUACAUCGGCGAGCCGACGCCGUACGACGGGGAUGAGUACACUGCUCGUAGCUCGUACUUUGGCAUCAUCGACCUGGCCGGCUUCAAGAAGGAUCGCUGGUGGCUGUACCAGGCUCGUUGGGCCCCCGAGGUCCGCAGCGCCCACAUCCUCCCGCACUGGAGCUGGGAUGGUCAGCGCGAGGGCAAGGUCACACCUGUGCACGUCUUCUCGUCUGCUGAUGAGGCGGAGCUCUUCGUGAACGGCAAGUCUGCUGGCAGGGUUACUAAGGCUGAGAGCGAGUACCGUUUCCGAUGGGACAACGUUACUUACUCCCCUGGUAGCCUGAGGGCUGUGACUUACAAGGACGGAGAGGUCUGGGCUGAGGAGGAAGUGAAGACUGUCGGCGCCGCGGCGUCUCUUAACAUCACCGCUGAUCGCACUGCCAUCGCGGGUGACGGUUACGACUUGUCGUAUGUCUCCACUGCAGUGGUCGACGAGAACGGCGACAGGGUACCGUACGCCUCCAACGAGAUCACGUUCUCAGUCGAAGGACCGGGUGAGAUCGUGGCCACGGAUAAUGGUGACCCUAUAGAUUUGACUGUCUUUCCAAGCCCGGUGCGCAAGGCUUUCAAUGGGUAUGCCUUGGCUAUUGUGAAGGGGACUGGGAGUGGAGAGAUCACGGUCAAGGCGACUGCGGAUGGACUUACUGGCGCCGAGGUCACUGUGACGGCCUCUUGA